AUGUCGUUCCUUGCUCACCGUUCUCUGACCGCAUCCAAGGGUCUUGGCCGUCUCACUACCAAGGCGGCCCCUGCUGCGACCCGUCUCUUCUCGCAGUCUGCCCCUGCUAAGUCCGUCAGCUUUGAGCUGAGCGAGGACCAGCAGGCCUACCAGGACCUGGCCCGCAAGUUUACUCGCGAGCACAUCAUUCCUGUGGCUAAGCACCAUGACGAGACCAUGGAAUACCCCUGGGAAGUGAUCAAGAAGGCCCACGAGCUCGGUCUUGUCAACACUCACAUUCCGGAGAAGUUCGGUGGUCUUGGACUGGGUUUGAUGGAGUGCUCACUUAUUACGGAGGAGCUGGCUUUCGGUUGCACUGGUAUCCAGACUGCCAUCGAGGCCAAUGGUCUGGCAGAGGCUCCUUUGAUUGUGGCCGGUAACGACCAGCAGAUGGCCAAGUACCUGGGCCGAAUGACUGAGGAGCCCCUCGUGGCUUCUUACGGUGUGACUGAGCCCGGCGCGGGCUCGGACGUUGCUAACAUCUCGACCCGUGCCGAGAAGCGUGGGGACAAGUGGGUUAUCAACGGUACCAAGAUGUGGAUCACCAACGGUGGCCAUGCCAACUGGUACUUUGUGCUGGCGAAGACAAACCCCAACGAGCGCCCCCACAAGGCUCUCUCCGGCUUUAUCGUCGACGGCGAUGCACCGGGCGUGAUCCGCGGCAAGAAGGAGAUCAACAUGGGUCAGCGCUGCUCGGACACCCGUAUGAUCACUUUCGAGGAGGUCGAGGUGCCGGAGGAAAACAUGCUCGGUAAGCCGGGCGACGGUUUCAAGAUUGCUAUGGGUGCUUUCGACAUUACCCGUCCUCUUGUCGCAUCGGGAGCUGUGGGCCUUGCCCAGCGUGCACUGCACGAGGCUGCCAUCUACGCCAAGGAGCGCAAGACGAUGGGUACUCCGAUCAUCAACCACCAGGCCAUUGCUUUCAUGCUCGCCGACAUGCAGAUGGCCGUGGAAGCGUCGCGCAACCUCGUGUGGAAGGCGUGCUGGGCUAAGGACCAGGGCAUGCGCAACAGCUUCUACGCCAGUAUGGCCAAGUGCACAGCCUCGCGUGCGGCUGUUUCGAACGCUGACCAGGCCGUGCAGAUCUACGGUGGCCUCGGCUUUAACAGUGAGAGUUCCGUGGAGAAGCUGUACCGUGACGCGAAGAUCUUCGAGGUGCGUGACGUUACGAUCUAA